AAAAGUUAAUAUGCCAACUGUGAGUCUACCUUGAUGCUUACUAAUUUAAUUUCUUUGGCUUUUACAAAGGCCAUUUUUCAAAUCCACCUGGACUUUCAUGGGCUGUACAUGCGCUUAGAAACUUGAAUCUAUCAUUUUACAAUGGUGUAAAGUGAAUUGUCACCAGCAAGCUGAAGAUUUUGGAUCCAGAAGAAAGUAACUCCAGUUGUACCAUGUGACUUCUAUUGGUGUCAUACACAGCUGAAAGAGCCAUGGAUUGUUGGCAGAAAAUACAUAAUAGUGGGUGGAUGUUUCCCACUGUGAUCCUUUGUAUUUAUGGCUUCUUUACCAUGAUGAGACCAUCUGAGCCUUUCCUCACACCUUACCUUGCUGGACCUGAAAAAAAUCUGACUAUUGAUGAGAUAACACAGCAUAUUCUUCCAGUUUGGACAUACUCCUACCUGGCCCUGCUCUUCCCUGUAUUUCUGAUUACAGACUAUGCACGCUAUAAACCUAUAAUUAUUCUACAGGGGAUUAGUUUAAUUAUUACUUGGCUGUUACUUUUAUUUGCAUCUGGCCUAUCAGCCAUGCAGCUGGCCGAGUUUGUGUAUGGACUUGCAACAGCCACAGAGGUUGCCUAUUAUGCUUACAUAUAUAGCGUUGUCAGUGCUGAUCAUUACCAGAAAGUGACUGGAUAUUGUAGAAGCAUCACCCUGGUGGCAUCCACCAUGGGAUCCCUGCUUGGACAGCUUUUAGUUUCUUUAGGCCAAGUACCGUAUUUUUAUCUCAAUGCCAUAACUUUAGCUUCUGUAUCUGUGGCAUUUAUAACUUCAUUUUUUCUACCCAUGCCACAAAAGAGCAUGUUCUUCCACAGAAAGUCUUCCCCAGCACUUUCCAUUGGACCAGCACAGACAGUUCCAGCACAAAUUUCAAACCAACAAAGCAAUCAACAGGACAAAGAGAUGACAAUAUCAUCAGUCAGGCCCCAGAAUUUACCUGAACAACAGCCAUCCCAAAUUAAAAACCAGAGUCACUUUCUGUCAGUGCUUUUGCAAUUGUUUGUGGACCUGAAGGAAUGUUACACCACCAAGAAACUUCUUUACUGGUCAAUAUGGUGGGUUUUAGCUACUGCAGGAUUUAACCAAGUUUUGAAUUAUAUCCAAGUACUGUGGGAUGAUAAAGCACCUUCUCAUAGUUCUGAAGUGUACAACGGAGCUGUUGAAGCCAUAGCUACAUUUCUGAGUUCAGUAACAUCGCUAGCUGUGGGAUAUGUGAAACUGAACUGGGAUCUAACUGGAGAACUGAUGCUGGGAAUCUUCUCUGUCCUGGAUGCUACUUCACUUAUUCUGAUGCAUUUUACCAGGAGCAUCUGGGUCUGCUAUGGUAGCUAUUUAGUGUUCAAAGCAGGUUAUAUGCUCCUUAUCACCAUAGCCACAUUCCAGAUCGCUGUCAGCCUCAGCAUGGAACGCUAUGCCUUGAUGUUUGGCUUCAACAACUUUGUUGCACUGCUGAUUCAAACUGUAUUGACUGUUGUUGUAGUUGAUUCAAAAGGUCUGGGCCUGGAUAUUGGGACUCAGGCAACUAGAUUAGCACUUAGUGGACUGUGGCUGGUCUCAAAAAGUAAACAGACCCGAUUAUCACUUGGACAGGAAACCACCAAGAAAUAUGAGAAGUACAAACUAGACUGAGAAGUCGAAAACAUUCCAGCAGGUGGCAAUGACAAACCACUUCCAUGUUGUUGACAAUAAAAGUCAUUAAUCGUGUCUAUGAAGUCAUCAAGUGUUAAACUCAACUUGAGAGUUUACCUUUAGCUUAGGAAUAAAGAUUUCUAUUUUCCUACCUCUUAAGAAUAUUUACUAGAUGUUCCUUUGUAAACUUGGUGGUUAUUUCACCUUUCUAAAGAAGAGGCAUAGCAGGUUACAUCAGAACAACAUAAAUAUCAAUGUACAAGUAGUCCUCACUUAACAACCAUAAUUGGGACUGGCAACUCCAUUGCUAAGCGAUGCAGUCAUUAAGCAAGACAUGUGAUCACAAUGGACUUAUGACCUCACUUCCACUGCAGUCAUUAAACAAAUCACCCAUGGUUGUUAAGCGAGACAUCAUGUGACUGCAACCUGCAAUUUUACUGCUGGUUUCUCAAUUGACUGCUUGUCAGAAGCUGGGUCUGAAGCAAUCAAAUGGCGGUCACGUGACUAUAGGACACUGCAAUGGUUGCAAAAUGCCUGAUGGUUGCAAAAUGCCUGAAUCUCAAUCACAUGACCACGGGGAUGCUGCAAUGGUCAUAAAGUUACUUUUCCAGUGCCAUCAUAGCUUUGAACGAUCACUAAACAGGGCAGUCAUUAAGCAAGGAUUACCUGUAUAAUGGGGUAGGGUUUUUUUGGCAAUUUAAUGGAUCAUGAAUAAGUGUUAAAAUAAUUUAUAAAUAAAAAGAAUAAAGAUUUUUGUGAAUUCAGGCACAAAAAUCUAUAAUCACCAGUACCAUAUGCUGAAAUUCUUGAUGGCAACUAUAUUUUAAAAGAUUCAGUGCCUUAGAAACAUAGUUUGUUCAAUAACUGAUAGAACAGAAAUGGGCUCUGAUGCAUGUCAAAGAAAAAAACUGUGCAUACCAUGGAUCAAUAUUUUUACUGUAUUACCGUUGUUUUCAUCAGAAUAAUUUUGCUUGUAUAAAUUCCAGUGCCUCAAAUUUGCAACUAACAUGCUACUGGUUUUAUGGGCAACACUGGUAUUGAUUGUUCAUAAUAGGAAUUACUAAAAAUCUCAUGGAAUUUAAUAGAACAUCACAGAACAAACUAUAGCCAUGAUAAAUAGCAUCAAAGAAUAAGAAUUAGUACCUUGC